UCUGAUACUUCUUCUUCGUGAAAACACAAAAGACUUCCCCUCUCCAGAUUUCUCGCGCCCGAAACCUCUCUCCCUCUCCUUCACGCCGACCUCGACGCCUCGUUUCACCGCCGAUCUUCGAGCCACCACCAUUUAUCUCGCAUCGGCCGUCAAGCUCAGCCUCGUCGGUUGUUCGUCGCGCGCCACCCCCGUUAGCGGUUGUUGAGCUCCAGCCGUCGGAUUCGUUGAGCCACACACCGACCAGCCGUAGCCCAGCCGUCAGGCACCACGUUGGUUGCUGCUCCGCGUCGUGCUGUGCCACCCUCUUCCAUCGCUAGUCUCGCCGAAUUUGGAAGUUGAGAGCGAUAGAAGUGCCAAGGGGAAGGACAACUUUCUUGCCCAUCCAAAAGGGAAUUCAUAAGUAUUGUCACUGCCAUUAUGGAUAACGUUAUUGUCAUACUGCCAAGGGCAGCCAAGAAGGGUUGGGUGUGGUUCGGCAGUGAGAUUGAGGAUGUUGAUCAACUUCCUGGAAACAAUGUUUUCCGUGCUUCCACUGUCAAUGACCACUUGGCGUACUUUCUCAUUGAUUGUGCAUCUAGUUUGGAAAAGGGAAUGUCUUUGAAAAUGAGUUUCAGUUUUUGGUGUGAUGAGAACACAUUGAAGCAAUCAAGAAAGCUGAUCGCCAUCAUCGGGUUCCAAAAAUUCAAGGUCAUCUAAAGGAGUGUUGUCAUCAGAUUCGUCCCCCAUAUUGGUAUCUUGAAGAGCAAUGGUUUUUCGUGAGGACACUCUUGGGAAAGAUGUCCUUGCUGUUCACAACGGUAGCAUUUGCCAAGCAUGGUUCUUUGAAAUGGAUUAGUAGCUCUCUUGACUGGAAUUGUAUCAUUGGCUUUAGGAAUAAUUGGUCUUUUAGCGCCAUCUGCUGUCUUUGAUUGUUGAAGGUCAAGAGUAGUGUUGUCAUUUUGUUGCCAGGAAGUGUUCGUGAGGUUCCUUCGAAAAGGUUGUGGUUGUGUUGGUUGACAAUUCCAGGGCUGCCUCUCUUGAUAGGUUUUGAAGUUUUUUGGAGCAGCAGCUUCUUCAAUUGUAUUUGCUAAAGAGAUUGCAUCAGAUAGGUAGGCAACAGGUUGUAACUUGACAACUUCUUUAACUUCAUCUUGAAGGCAUAGCACAAAUCUUGAUACUAGUUGUUAUUCAGAUUCCGACAAGUUGUUUCAGGCCCCUAAGCGAUGGAAUUCCUUUGUAUAAUUAAAGAUGGAACGGUCCCCUUGUUUGUGAAGUUGGUAUUGAUUGUAGAGCUGUUGUUGAUAGUUGAUGGGAAGGAAUCAUUUCUUCAUUAACUUCAAAAGUUCUAGCCAAGAUCUUAAUGGAGUCUUGCCUUAGUAUCGACGAUUGGUCUCUAAUUGGUCCCACCAAGCUGAAGCACCUCUUUGAAAUUUGAAGGCCACCAACUUAACCUUCUUAUCAUCAGGAAUGUUGGCAUAUUCAAAGAAAUUUUCAACCUUGGAAACCCAAUCUAAGAAUUCUUCCGUAUCCAACCUGCCAUCAAAACUAGGAUGGUAAUAAAUGUCACCCUCAUUUGAAGAGUCUGAAUCCAGCAUUGAAAACCCUCUUUGAAGGUGUUCUUGAGGGUUCUUUGUGCAGUGAGGGCUCCUUGAGAAACUAUAUUGCUGUUUUUUAUUUCCAUGAAUUAGAUUGAUCCCAUGGAUGUAGCAGAUGGCAGAAACUUUGUUGUGGGGGAUACUGUUCAUACAGAAGUGGAUGGCUUUAGGCAUCAAGUCGAUGAGAUUUUCCUGAAGGUUGACAGGCUUGAGCAAAAUGUGAAUGAGAUAGAACAAUUCUAUUUGACGCUGAAAAAGAAGCAACCAAAUGGUAGUAAAGGCAGCUCUAUUGUAAAGGAUAAAGAUAAGGAAAGACAUGUUCCAAGUAUUAAAAAGCAGCAGCAAGAAGCGGCUCGCAGAGAAGCUGCAGCCGCAAAGAGAAUGCAAGAACUCAUGCGGCAGUUUGGGACAAUAUUGCGUCAGAUAUCACAGCAUAAGUGGGCCUGGCCUUUUAUGCAGCCAGUGGAUGUGGAAGGUCUUGGAUUACAUGAUUAUUAUGAGGUUAUUGACAAGCCAAUGGACUUCAGUACAAUAAAAAAUCAAAUGGAGGCUAAGGAUGGUACUGGAUAUAAGAAUGUGAGAGAGAUAUGUUCUGACGUGAGAUUGGUCUUCAAGAAUGCAAUGAAAUAUAAUGAUGAGAGAAGUGAUGUUCACGUGAUGGCCAAGACUUUGCUCGCAAAGUUUGAAGAAAAAUGGCUUCAACUUCUGCCUAAAGUCACUGAAGAGGAAAAGAGACGGGAGGACGAGGAAGCAGAAGCACUGUUGGACAUGCAGCUUGCUCAGGAGGCUGCUCAAGCAAAAAUGGCUAGGGACAUAAGUAAUGAGAUUUAUGAGGUAGAUAUGCAACUGGAAGAGCUUCGAGAACUGGUUGUGCAGAACUGCAGAAAAAUAUCUACUGAAGAAAAGAGAAAGCUUGGAGCAGCCCUCACCAAAUUGUCUCCAGAAGAUAUCAGCAAAGCGUUAGAGAUUGUAGCUGAAAAUAACCCAAGUUUCCAGGCUACUGCUGAGGAGGUGGAUCUUGAUAUCGAUGCACAGAGUGAAUCUACCUUAUGGAGGUUAAAGUUUUUUGUUAAAGAUGCCCUUGAAGUUCAUGCCAAGAGCUCCGCGAGCACAGGUGGUGGCAACAACCAAAACCAUACAAACAGCAAUAACAUCAACAGUAACAACAAAAGAAAAAAAGAGAUUUGUGAUGCUAUAGCCAGAACAGCUAAGAAAAAAUCUAAAAAACCCUCUUCUUGAGAUGCAAUUGAUGAUACCGAUUUUUCACCUUUGAAGCUGAAGCACUCCUGUUUAUCUUAUGCCUGCACAUACUUAGAUAUCGAAUCUUAGUCGCUUUUAAUUUGUUUGUUUCUGUAACAUGCAGCUAAAAUGGUAUUUUUGAAGUGAUAGGUGUAUAUGUGAAGCUCUCAUGUUGAUCAGAUAGUAACAAGCUAACCCUUAAUUGUUGUGUUCUUUCUCAUGUAAUUAUACUUUUACAGUAUGUUGAAAGGGCAAACUCGGUGUUGACUUCCGAAAUCGUUGAGUAAUUUUUUCUUCGUAGGAAUUUAUGGAGAUCAAACUGAUGAUGUAGAAGGACCAGAAGCAAAUCAUUUCAGUGUAGUGUUUGUAAUGCCUUUAUGUUUCCA